UCCAACCAACCCGCUCUGCGCUCGCGUCACACACUGGCACCUGCGCGCGCACGCAGACGCACACACACAUACACACACACACACACACACACACACACACAUAAAGAGGUGGCGGCGGCGCUCAGAGCUCCAGAGCGGGCUGGAACGGAUCCCUCAUAUUCCCUUCUUACUUCCAUCUAUUUUUAUAUGCACUAACUCCGCCAUCAUGCUGUGGACAGCGACUCAAGUCUUAAGGAAAUUCUCCACCUCCUCCCAUUACUACCAGAAUAAGCUAAAACUGGCCAUUAUUGGUCAGAGUCUGUUUGGUCAAGAGGUGUACAGUAACCUGAGGAAGCAGGGUCACAAGGUCGUGGGUGUGUUCACAGUUCCUGACAAAGAUGGCAAGGCCGACCCCCUGGCUGUGGCAGCGGAGAAGGACGGGACGCCCGUGUUCAAGUUUCCGAGGUGGCGCGUCAAAGGGAAACCUAUCCCAGACGUGGUGGACGCGUACAAGUCGGUGGGCGCAGAGCUCAACGUCAUGCCCUUCUGCUCCCAGUUUAUCCCCAUGAACGUAAUCGACCAUCCCCAGCACGGCUCCAUCAUCUACCACCCGUCCAUCUUACCGCUGCACAGAGGAGCUUCUGCCAUCAACUGGACUCUUAUUCACGGUGACAAAAAAGCUGGCUUCAGCGUGUUCUGGGCCGACGACGGCCUGGACACGGGCCCCAUCCUGCUGCAGAGGGAAUGCAGCGUAGAGCCCAACGACACGGUGGACAUGCUGUACAACCGCUUCCUCUUCCCAGAGGGCAUCAAAGCCAUGGUGGAGGCAGUGCAGCUCAUUGCUGAUGGAAAGGCCCCUCGAAUCCCCCAGACAGAGGAGGGAGCGAGUUACGAGGGCAUCCAGAAGAAAUCCAACUCCAGGGUGGACUGGGCCCAGCCAGCUGAGGCCAUCCACAACUGGAUCCGUGGCCAUGACAAAGUCCCUGGAGCGUGGACUGUCAUCGACGGUCAGCCUGUGACCCUUUACGGAUCGUCCAUGUUGGGGGGGUCGGUACCAGCCGGUCAGGCCCUGGAAAUCGAGGGGGCUUCCCAACCCGGCCUCAUUACCAAGUCCGGGCUGGUUCUGUACGGAACCGAUGGGAACGCCCUCCUGGUGAAGAAUCUGCAGUUUGAAGACGGAAAGAUGAUUCCUGCUUCCAAAUACUUCUCCUCAGGAGAAAGCUCCAGUGUGGAGCUGACCGAUGACGAGAAGAAGAUGGCUGAGGAAAUCAGGAACAUCUGGAAGGGAAUCCUCAGCAACGUGGGCGCCAUCGAGGAAACGACAGACUUCUUCAAGUCCGGAGCCGCUUCCAUGGACGUUGUUAGGUUAGUGGAGGAGGUCAAGCAGAAGUGUGCAGGCGUCCAGCUGCAAAACGAGGACGUGUACAUGGCCACCACCUUCCACGACUUCAUCCAGCUGUUCGUCCGCAAGCUCCGAGGGGAGGACCAGGAGGAGGAGCUGGUCGUCGACUACGCAACCAGAGAAGUGAACAACAUGACGGUGAACAUGCCGUACCAGUGCUUUAUCGAUGGAAAGUUUGAGGAUGCAGAAAAUGGCAAGAGCUACGACACCAUUAAUCCAACCGAUGGAUCUGUGAUCUGUAAGGUGUCGUAUGCGUCAGUGGCAGACGUGGACCGGGCCGUGGCUGCUGCUAAAGAAGCUUUUGAUUCUGGGCCGUGGGGCAGGAUGAACCCCAGAGACAGAGGAAGUCUGCUCUAUAAGCUUGCUGACCUGAUGGAGGAACACCAGGAGGAGCUGGCCACUAUUGAGUCCAUUGACUCAGGAGCUGUUUACACGCUCGCCCUGAAGACACAUGUGGGCAUGUCCAUACAGACCUUCCGCUACUUUGCAGGCUGGUGUGACAAAAUCCAGGGCAAGACGAUCCCCAUCAACCAAGCCAGACCCAACCGGAAUCUGACCUUCACCAAGAAAGAACCUCUGGGAGUUUGUGCCAUAGUUAUUCCAUGGAACUACCCUCUGAUGAUGCUGGCCUGGAAGAGCGCAGCCUGUCUGGCAGCUGGAAACACACUGGUCCUUAAACCUGCUCAGGUAACUCCUCUGACCGCUCUGAAGUUUGCUGAGCUUUCUGUGGUAGCCGGAAUCCCAAAAGGAGUCAUCAAUAUACUGCCAGGCUCAGGCGGCAUGGUGGGUCAGAGACUCUCCGACCACCCGGACAUCCGCAAGCUGGGCUUCACCGGCUCUACUCCAAUCGGCAAACAGAUCAUGAAGAGCUGUGCGCUUAGCAACCUGAAGAAGGUUUCUCUGGAGCUGGGGGGAAAAUCUCCCCUCAUCAUCUUCAGCGACUGCAACAUGGACAAGGCGGUUCAGAUGGGCAUGAGCUCAGUGUUUUUCAACAAAGGGGAGAACUGCAUUGCUGCUGGACGCCUGUUUGUGGAGGAGUCCAUCCAUGAUGAGUACAUCAGCCGAGUGGUAGAGGAGAUCAAGAAGAUGAAGAUUGGAGACCCUCUGGAUCGCUCCACAGACCACGGUCCCCAAAACCACAAAGCUCAUCUGGACAAACUGCUGGAGUACUGCGAGACAGGAGUGAAGGAGGGAGCCACACUGGUGUAUGGAGGCAAACAAGUCGACAGGCCAGGUUUCUUCAUGGAACCCACUGUGUUCACUGAUGUAGAGGACCACAUGUUCAUUGCUAAAGAAGAGUCCUUCGGUCCUGUCAUGGUCGUGUCCAAAUUCAAAGAUGGCGAUGUGGACGGUGUGCUUCAGAGAGCCAAUGACACAGAGUAUGGCCUGGCCUCAGGCGUGUUCACACAGGACAUCAGCAAAGCCAUGUAUGUCAGCGAGCGACUGGAGGCCGGAACCGUGUUCGUAAACACCUACAACAAGACCGAUGUCGCCUCGCCUUUUGGAGGCUUCAAGCAGUCGGGCUUCGGCAAAGACCUUGGAGAGGACGCCCUCUUGGAAUACCUCAAAACCAAAGCAGUGACUGUUGAGUACUGAGCCACCAGUUUAUUCAUUUACAAUGAACUCUGACUCACUUCCUGAAAGAAAAGGAACUUUUUUCACCUGGACUGUACCAGCAGCUACAGAGAACUCCGUUGUUCUUCUGGGCCACUUGAGCUUUCUUGGAAAUAUUACACAUAUCUUGAACAAAGGGAAGGUUUUUGUUAUUGCUGUUUUAUACAUGUGAACUUGCAUUCAAAGCCUUACAUUGAUGCCACCCCACCUACGGGAAGCAAAGCUUUGGUUGACGGUGUUUGCAAAAUUGAGGUUCUUCAGGGUUAAGCAAUGGAGAAAGAAGAAAAUACUGUGAGCUUAAAGACAUCACUCCUUACAAUGUUUGGUCUUUCUCAGCAUCAUGAACUUGUCAAGCUGCCUUCAGUUUUCCCAUUGUACUGUUUCUUGACCCUAUUUCAAGAUACAUCCAUUCCAAAGCCUGCUACUGGAAUGAGAAGGAGAGUACUCAUUUCAGUAGCAGUUCACACGGGAAGAUUUUUAUGCUGAUUUUUGUCCCAAUUUCCCCCUUCUGACAAUCUUAAGUACUACCUGAUUAAUAAGAGGUAUUCCUACCUGGUGUGGUGUGCUAAGAGUGAAUGGAGUCCAUUUGGAAGGAUGUUGGAAUCGCUCCAAACUAAAACCGGGAAUAUUCAACAUGUUGGAUUUUCUUGGCCUGAUGUCGCAAAGCUGUGUGUGAUAUUCCCUGAGGACAAACAACGGCCAGCACUGUCUUCAGUAACUCUGAAGAAUCUAAAUUAAUGAGUUACAGCAACAUUUAAUUUCCCUUGGGAUUAAUAAAGUAUUUUUGAAUUUGAAACCAGAACGCAGCCUGUUGAAUAUGACAUGAAACCACUCAGAAUGCGAGGCUACAGAAACUUGGAAUCCUAAAUAAAGAAGACAAAUCCAGAAAGACCAGUGGAUGUCAGAAAUGACAUUUUUUGCAUAUUUUUUAAGCAUAAUCCAUCGCCGUUGCUUCUUCCCAGUCAGCCAUGUUUGUUUACUCUGAAUUCAUGUUUGGUCUCGUACGAGAUUUCCCGUCUGACAUCUGAAUGUUGUUGAGUGAAAUCAGUUCAUGUGUGGUGUGUUGCUCCUGCUCCUGCAGUGUGUGUGGCUCGACAUCACACACACUGUACAGCCAAACCUGUUAUACCUGAGAGAAGGAAGUCGACACUACUGGGGUUUGCGAUAGUCUUAAUUUUGGUCCCAGUAAUGGGCCAUAGUGUUUAAGGAAGCCUUUGAGCUGUUGUGUGUUAUAGCAGAAACUGCACAGUUCUUCACUCUUGGACAAAGUGAAUGUUUUUAUGAUCCAGUGUGUCUGUAUGCAUUUUUAGUCAAAUACAGCCAAUUCUACAUUGAGUUGAACUAAGCAAACUUGCCACGUAGGGAAGUCUCAAGUUAUUUAACUAUAAUCAUUUGUCCAUAGUUCUGUGAAAUAAACUCCGUCUUCACAGUAGUAUUGUGAUUGUGUCCAACUGAACUCACUCUCCAAUGCUGUUCCUGAUGCCUUCAGUUUUUCUUGACGACAUAUAUUUGGUCCAAAAUGGAGUUAAAGUCAGUGACUUAACAUAAAAUUGAAGGACUACCAUUUGAGCUGCUCUCUGCGCAGCUCUCCCCCGCAAAAUCUGCAGCCUCAACUUAGCAUUUCGGAAGACACAGCACCCGGUACAGUCUCUCUUUCACUGUGAAUGUCAAUGCAAAGCAUGACAUUUCUAGAUUCAUCAGAUCAACAGAAUAACGACUGUGGUUAUUUAUGUUUUCUUAAUGGCUUGCGUUGCCCCUUGACAGAAUGCCGCCAUGGGCAGUGAGCCGUCUCCCAACUCAAACACCACCCUCUUUAAAUUCUAGGGCUUAGAGGGUGUGCCUAGUUUUUUAUUUUCAAACUUUCAUUUUGGCUUCAUUGGUUAAUAACUAGGGUAAUGAAAUUUAAAACCUGGCAAAGACCAAAUCGUUGAUACAUUGAUACAGGAGCUACUUGUAUUGUUCCUGUGGUGAUGGUGUUAGGAGUAACAAGUAGAAAGGGAGUGGCUAGUUUAUCUCUGUCUAUCUACUGUCACAGUUUAGUUAUUUUCAAAUGUCAAGAUUAUUUUAUUGAUCCCUGCAGAAAAAUUAUUUUGUCCAAUUAACACAAAAUACAGUAAAAACAAAGUAAAAUGUACCAUAGUGUACAGUCACCCAAACUACCAGGUGUGCAACAUGCCACAGACAGUACAAUACACUCAGCCAGGCUCUUAGCCUAACUGACUGUUGGUGUUAUGUAUUUUGAUGGUGUGGGGAUAAAUGACCUCCUGAGGAUCUCAGUCCUGCAGCCCAAUGACUGGAACCUUUAGCUAUAGCAGCUCUUUAGCUCAGCCAGGACGGAGCGGAAAGGGGCAACCGUUACUGAUCGGGUUGCUCUGUGCCAUCCUCUAGUAGACCCUCUCAAAAACAGUCCCAACAGGAUAAAACCAGAGCUUGUCCUGACAUUUCCUGUUCUUCUUUCAACUAGUCACCACAGCAAACGAGAUCUUUCUAAUGUGGGGGACACUGGUCAUCACAUAAAUCUCCUGUUUCCUAUUUGUUCCAUCAAACACCAUCCAGAUGUAAAAAAAAUUCUCUUUUUCAAAAUUAUAUGUUUUUGACUAUUUCUUACAAAAUAAAGAUAUUUUAAUGUUUCAUGUUUUCACACUUCACUGUAUUCAUCACCGUAAUGCCAUAUAGAUGUUUUAUCCAUUACUAAUUUCACAAAGUGAAGAACGUUUUCUACUGUGAAAGGCAGUAAGGGAGUGUUUUCUUACUUUAAGGAAAAUGUGACGCUGUCCACUGAAUAAACAGUAACCGAGUG